AAGUAUUCAUACGUGUCAGUCAAGCAAGAGCUCCAAGCAGAUCUCGAUACUUCGCCACGAUGGAAAUGGAAAUCCCGUAUGCGAGCCCUGUGGACCCGGAGAGCUAUGGCUUCCUGACGGUCGCGCUCCUGCUGACAGGGUUGGUCUUCAUGGCGCUCUUCUUCACGCGUGCCGUGGCCCCCAAGAAGAACGCGAUCGUGGAGCUGGUAUUGGCCUUUAUUGCCGCUUUGCUGCUGGGCUUCGGCUCUCUUUUCCUCUUUCUAUGGGCCGAGAUCUACGUAUAAACAGAUAACAACAGCUGCAGUCUGUGUCCAAGGCUCGGACUGAAGCUCUUUCCAACGAUAGAAGACGGAAGCAAGCAGUUUUGAUGGACAAGAGCGGGAGCAACACGACCCAGUUCAUAUUGAAUGCCCUGGCGCAAGCACUGCAGAGGAAGAAAAAAAAACAAAAAUAUGUUUAUUGUUUUUGCGCUCGAGUG